UCGUGGAUAAAGUCCCAUAAGAUUGUGGAGAAGGUGCCGAGUAUUACUGGACCGACGGACUGGUUUAAGCAGCAGAUGGAGGCGUGGAUGAAUACCAAGCUGGAAUGGAGGAAGGCUCAGAGGCUGUAUAAGGAGGAGCAAGCGAAGGCACAAACGGAGGAGAAGGCUAAACAACAGGAGGAGGACGAAGGGGAGAAGGAAGCCACGGAGGGUAGGAGGCUACGAUUGGGGAUUUUGUAG